AUGUGGUGGAUGCUGUUUCCACGCUGGAUCUGGUUCCUGGCGUGUGUGUCAGUGUGGAUGGAGCACGAGGUCGGAGUUUUGCCUCAUAUCACCUAUUCACACGCGGGGAUCUGUCCUAAUGACAUGAACCCCAACCUGUGGGUGGAUGCAAUGAGCACCUGCACAAGAGAGUGUGAAUCUGAUCAGGAGUGUGAGUCUUUUGAGAAGUGUUGCCAAAAUGUGUGUGGGAAUCGGAGUUGUGUGGCAGCCCGUUACGUAGACGGCAAAAAAGGCCCCAUGGGAAUGCCCAAAGAAGCCACUUGCGCCAGUUUUAUGUGCACCCAGCAGGGGUCUGAGUGUGACAUCUGGGACGGCCAGCCGGUGUGUAAGUGCAGGGACCGCUGCGAGAGGGAGCCGCACUUCACCUGCGCUUCCGACGGCAUGACCUACUACAACAAGUGCUACAUGGAUGCUGAGGCGUGCUCUAAGGGCAUCACCCUGUCCGUCGUCACCUGCCGAUUCCACCUCACCUGGCCCAACACUAGCCCCUCGCUGCCGCAGGCGACCACUCUUCGCCCUACCACUGCUCCACUUCAGGCAACUAUCCCACCUCCCACUGAGCCUCAGCCACCCGUUGUGGUCAGCAGCCCCGCUCACCAGACUGUAAACGUGGGUGACACAGCCAGCUUCCUGUGUGAUGUGACAGGUCGCCCCCGGCCCGAGAUCACUUGGGAGAAGCAGCUGCCAGAGGAGGUGGAGAGGGUAGUCAUGAGGCCUAAUCAUGUGCGAGGGAAUAUGGUGGUCACUAACAUAGGUCAGCUGGUCAUCUACAACGCCCAGCCGCAUGAUUCAGGAGUCUACACCUGCACUGCUCAGAACCCAUCUGGCUCCGUGCAGGCCAACCACCCGCUCACUGUGCUGCCCACAGAGCCACCCAAGACCCCCGAGGCCAAGAAUGUGACGCGCUGCCUGCCCAAGGAGUGUCUGAAACCCCCUGAUAACCCUGAAGAUUGUGGGAGCGAGCUGGAGAAAGUCAGCUGGUACUAUGAGCCCAAGACCAACAACUGCUUCUCCUUCACCCACUGCCACAGCAACAACAGCCAGCAGCCCAGGAAGGUGUUGGAGACAUACGAGGAGUGCAUGCAGUGCUGCGGCCCCGAGUUGUCGGGCCCCUGUGGGCUCCCCAGCCUGCAGGGACCCUGUAAGGCCUACGAGCCACGCUGGGCUUACAGCAGCACCCUGCGGCAGUGUCAGUCCUUCAUCUACGGUGGAUGUGAGGGCAACGACAACAACUUUGAAUCUAAAGAAGCCUGCGAGGAGAUGUGCCCCUACCCGAAAAACCACCACUGCAAGGCCUGCAAGCCAAGAGGCAAGAUGGUGACGAGCUUCUGCCGGAGCGACUUCGUCAUCCUGGGGCGCAUGACAGAGCUGACGGAGGAGAAGGACUCAGGCCAUGCCCUUGUGGCUGUGGAUGAGAUCCUCAAGGAUGAGAAGAUGGGUUUACGCUUCUUUGGCAAGGAGCCUCUUGAGGUCACCUUCCUCAACAUGGACUGGAACUGCCCGUGCCCAAACAUCACGGCCGCCGCCGCUGAGGGACAGGUCAUCAUUAUGGGAAACGCGAACGACGGCAUGGCCGUCCUUCAGCCGGAGAGCUAUGUCGGUGCGUCCAGCCCUCGCCGUGUGCGAAAGCUGAGAGAGGUCAUCUCCAAGAACACGUGUGACAUUCUCAAAGCGAUCACCAACAGCCCUCAAUAG